AUGAGACGAGACGAGCUGUCUCAAAAUGGGACAGGGAGACGCGCAGUGGAGUUCGAGAAGGCUCAGACAAGGCAUGGCUUUGAUGCCGAUCUCCUCGCGAAUGCAGUGCAGAAGCUCAUCAAGGAGGAGGUCGUGCUCGGCAAAUUCCACGGGUCGACUUUUACGCCCAAAGCGUACACCGAUGCCGAGGCCAACAAGGUGGAUGGCUUCUUUGAGGCCAAUGGCUACCUUACUGCCACCGCCGCGAAGUCAUCUGGGCUGGGCCUGAAGGAUUGGGCGGCACAGCGGAAGGCUUCUGGCUACAACUUGGUCGGUGCCUUCGUCGCUAGCCACCUGGUGGAUUCCGCCAUGGCCUCCAUAAGCGAUGCCCUGGCCGGAGAUGGCUGGAUCGAUGCACAGCCUCUGCUUCCGCAUGCCCUCACGGCAGCCGAUGCCAGCGAGCUGCUGCUGCAGCUCUCGAGCCAGAAGAAGCUGCCUAGCAACGCUGUGGUCUUGGACCGAGUCGCAGCAAGCAGCGGCUUUAUCCAAAGCAUCGCCAAAGCCCUGGAGGCCGAGGUACAGAAAGCCGCCGAGGCCGCCACGAAGAAGAAAAGCGGAGCCAAGAAAGCCGUGGAGGACGAGGAUGACGACCUUCACGCGAAGAAGGGCGGCAAGCGCACGAAGGGGGCCAAGAAGAAGCGAGGCGACGACGACGAUGCCGUCGAGACAUCUCGUGCUGGCAACGCCGAAUCAGGCGUGCCAAAUGAUGCCAUUGCCAACUAUCUGGCGGACCAGCAUCCAGAUCUGCCCAUCGACAUCCAGGAUGACCUUUGCGCAAAAGUGCAGGUACUUCUGACAGCGAUGGUCGCCGAGGUUGCUGAGAAGUUGCGGUCCACACUGCAGACGAAGCAGAAUCAUCACUUCGGACAGGCCGAUAAGGUCGUCCAGGAGCGCUACGAGAGGCUGGUGCUUGGCCUCCGGGCCCUCGAAGCGGCAAAGCUCCAGGAGUCACCGCUCUACCAGCACCUCUUGAAAGAGGUGGUUUUGGAGCCUUGCCACAUGCUCAUUGCCCUCCGCCUCGAGGAGGCCGGCGCGCUGCAGAGCUUAGAGAAGCUCAUCGCAGCCGAGGGAGCUGCCAAGGUGGAGUCUCUCUCCAGGCUGGCAGCCGUCUUGGUGCACAAGAAGGAGGCGAAAGAUGCUAAGGAGAAGUCGGGCAAGUCUAAGAAGAGCCAAGGACAUGCCGCAGAUGAGCAAGAGCCAACGGUCGCGGAUGUCUCGGAGCUGUAUCACGCAGCUGUGGGAGACCCAGUGGACAAGAAGAAGGAGAAGGCCCAGUGCUGGUCCCAACAUGAACAAGAGCACCGUUCGAGAGCUCUCACGGGACUUGCUUGA